AUGAAUGAGCUGCUUCUGUGUACUCCACACGGACAAUAUCGUAAAGGACAUCAGCGCGGAAUAGUUGGACCAAUGGAACAAAAAUUGAAAUUGGCGAAAAAUUAUCGAGUCGCGACACGAUACCUCACACCUCACGUAUCGAGUCGCGACACGAUACCUCACACCUCACGUAUCGAGUCGCGACACGAUACCUCACACCUCACGUAUCGAGUCGCGACACGAUACCUCACACCUCACAUAUCGAGUCGCGACACGAUACCUCACACCUCACGUAUCGAGUCGCGACACGAUACCUCACACCUCACGUAUCGAGUCGCGACACGAUACCUCACACCUCACGUAUCGAGUCGCGACACGAUACCUCACACUUCACACUUCUAG